AUGAUUAGUCCAGACCGGCCGCUGGCGUUGCUCAUCGUGGUCGCCCUAGUGGUCGUAUCUCUGGGCAUCGCCGUAGCAGCCGUCCACUGCUGCUUGAAUCGAGACCAGGAUGAUGACGCCCAGCUGCCGGAGGAGCUGGAGGUAGCACCCAGCGCGCAGCCGCCGCCGGUGGAAGCGGUGCAGAUGGCGUCCAUGGCCAUGAUCCUGCUGGACUACGUCACGUAUCCUCGCCAAAACGCCUCUGCCUCUGCCUCUGCCUCUGCUUCUGCAGGCGGUGGCGAUAGAUCAACGGAAGCUUCAGGGAGGACAUCGGCGUCGGAGGACUGUGCGAUUUGCCUGGGCCCGUUUGAGGACGGCGACUGGUGCAGCGUCAUGCCCAUGUGCCGCCACGAGUUCCACCAGGAUUGCAUCGCCGAUUGGUUAAUGGCGUACAACAAUAGCUGCCCCCUGUGCAGGGCUCAACUACAAUGGCUGGAUGUUGCUCAAGGCAUGGUGUAG